UAGAGACGGGAGACGGGUCAAGAAACAAAAUAAACAAUUUUCAAAAGCAAUGGAUAUUGAAACGAAAUUCUUGCCAGAAUAUAAACCAACAGAUUUCCAGAAAAUCUGUAGGAUUUGCGUUUCACCGGAAAACAUACAGAGUAUUCGUGAUGUUAAAAUAACUGAGGAAGUUGAGCUUUUAAAUGUUUUAACUGACUUUAUCCCGUUAGAGGAAUUAUCAGAUCUAAAAUUACCUCAGAAUGUUUGCUCUGUGUGCAUAACUUUUCUGAAAGAUUACUAUAAAUUUAAAACGAAAUGUAGUGAGAGUAAAGAAUUUUUAAGAGCAUACUUAGAAAAUCCGCCAAAGGAACAGGACCAGUCGUCUGGCGAUGAUAACUGUGUACUUUCAAAUGUUAAGAUAAGUUAUUCUGAUGACGAUGUUCCACUAGGGUCACCAGAACAGCCAGAGGUCAAGAAGAAAAAAAGUUCAAAAUUGAAAAAGGAAAGUAAAGCGAAAGAAAAAAGAACUAAAAAGAUAUAUAGCUGUAAAUAUUGCAAUAAAGUAUUCAAAAACAAACAUAGAUUAACGAUACACCUUAGAGUGCACACGCAAGAAAAACCCUUUAAAUGUGUUGAAUGUAAUACAACUUUUAGUCAUAGUGGUAAUUUAAAGAGGCAUUAUAUGAUUCAUACUGGGGAAAAACCUCAUGUUUGUGAUACAUGUGGCAAAGGUUUUAUUCAGGCAAUUUCUUUAGAGAUGCAUUUAAAGAAACAUCGCAGAGAAGAGUCUAAAGAGACUUUCAAUUGCCAUAUUUGUUCCCGGACAUUUGCUAAAGUCAUAUAUUUUAAACGGCAUAUGAAUAAGUUCCAUCCUGAUGAAGCAGGGCAAGAUACAAGUAAGGAAGAAACGACCGAUUCAAAAAUCCUAACAAAAGAAGAGAACACUCAAUAUGAAUGUGAUAAAUGCAGCAGAACAUUUCCCCAAUUGAUAUUUCUCAAGCGGCAUAAAAUACGACACGGAGAAAGAAAGUUUUUGUGUAAUGUUUGUGGAAAAGGAUUUCUUAGAAAAUCAGAUCUUCAAUCACAUACUAAAAUUCAUACCGGGGAGAAACCACAUGUGUGUAAUAUUUGUAACAAAUCAUUUGCUCAUGUAGCAUCCCUAGUAAAUCAUGGUCUGAUUCAUUCAGGAUAUAAGCCUUAUAGUUGUCCAAUUUGUUCAAGAGCAUUUACACAAGUUGCCCAUUUAAGAGUUCAUGAAAAAACACACUCUGGUGAAAGACCAUUUUCCUGUUCAUUUUGUGCUAAAACAUUUGCUGUAAAAGGCAAUUUAACCGUUCAUUUGAGAAUCCACACUGGCGAAACACCAUAUGUAUGUAGUGUUUGUGAAAAAGGCUUUUGCGAUUCUAGCAGUAUGAAGAAACAUCAGCAGAGUCACUUUAAUGUGGUAGAUCAUAGUCUUAAAAAAGGAUCUGAGACAAAAACAAUCGAAAAAAUGGAGAUCCAAACAAAAAUAUAUCCGGAAACUAAACUAGAGGAUCUCCAGAAAAUUUGUAGAAUUUGCGUUACAGUCGAUAACGUACACUAUAUUCAAGAUGUUAAAUUAGCUGAAGAAGUUGACCUUCUCAAUAUUUUAAUUGACUUUAUUCCCUUAGAAGACUUAUUAGAUCUAAGAUUACCUCAGUGUAUUUGCUCUGGAUGUAUAAGCUUCCUAAAUGAUUACCAUCGAUUCAAAACCAAAUGUAAUGAAAGCAAAGAACUUUUAAAAGCAUAUUUAGACAAAGAACUUAAACAUGACCCACAGUCAGAUGAUGCUUUUUCUCCACUUUCAGAUAUUAAUUCGAAUUGUUCUGAAGAUGAUGUUCCAUUAAUAUUACGAAAAAAGACAGUUUUCAAAAAGAAAAAAAGAUCGAAACUAAAAAAUGGAAGCAAAGCGAGCGGUUUUAAAGACAAAGAAAAGUACUCCUGCAAAUAUUGCAACAAAUUAUUUAGUUUUAAACACAAAUUGGCAAUACACCUUAGAGUACACACUAAAGAAAAACCAUUUAAAUGUGGGGAAUGUAAUGCUAGUUUCAGUCUUAAUGGUAAUUUAAGACGACACAAAAUGAUUCAUACUGGAGAAAAACCUCAUGUAUGUGAUACAUGUGGUAAAGGUUUUAUUCAAGCUACUUCUUUAGAGGUACAUCUAAAGAAACAUACCAUGGCAGAUAAAAAAGAGACUUACACAUGUCAUAUUUGUGGCAGAACAUUUGCUAGAUUCGUAUCUUUCAAGCGACACAUAAGAAAGCUUCAUCCAAAAGAAGCAGAACAAGAUCCAGAAAAAAAUGAUGAAAUUGACUUAAAAAUCAAUCCUAAAGAAGAGGGCUCUCCAUACGAAUGUGAUAAAUGCGACAGAACAUUUCCCCAAUUGAUAUUUCUUAAGAGACAUCAAAUCAGCCACGGAGAAAGAAAGUUUUUAUGUAAUGUUUGUGGAAAAGGAUUUAUUAGAAAGGCUGAUCUUCAAUCCCAUACUAAGAUUCAUACAGGUGAAAAACCACAUGUAUGUAAUAUUUGUAACAGGUCAUUUGCUCACGUAGGAUCCCUGGUCACACACGGUCUUGUUCAUACUGGUUAUAAACCGUACAGUUGCUCUAUUUGUAUGAGAUCAUUUACACAAAUUUCACAUUUAAAGGUUCAUGAAAGAACUCACAGUGGUGAAAGGCCAUAUUCUUGCUCAUUUUGUGCCAAAACAUUUGCGAUAAAAGGCAACUUAACUGUUCAUCUUAGAAUCCACACAGGGGAAACGCCAUAUGUAUGUAGUGUUUGUGAGAAAGGCUUUUACGAUUCAAGCAGUAUGAAGAAACAUAAACAGAGUCACUUUAAUGUAAUAGAUCAUAAUAUCAAAAAAGGAUCUGAUUAAAACAAAAACUUGAAUGUCUAAUAAAAUAUAUGUAUUUACAAAUUUUUAAUAUCUAAGUAUAAAAUUAAUUAUAAUAUAUUUACAAAAAUAAAUUAAGUUUCACAUUUAA